UGUAAUUUCUAUUUUCUAAAGAAUGAAAGUGAAGGUGAUGAGAGUCGCGAGCAGCAGCAGCAGCAACGGGUUGAGCGUGGUAGCCAAAAUGAGAAGAAGCAGCAGCGUUUCUUUGUUCUCCGUUCGAGCCUGCCAUGAUCUCCCUCAUGGACCUUCCUGCAUCUACGUUGGCCCCCUCCACUCCGCAACCCAAGAGACCCUCGAAGCUCUUUACUCUCAGGCACGGGAUGCAUAUUACAGCGGAGAGCCUUUGAUUCUUGAUGACAUGUUUGAUAGACUAGAGUUGAAGCUUAAGUGGUAUGGUUCUAAGUCAGUUGUCAAGUAUCCCAGAUGCAGUAUCAGAAGGCAUUCAACAUAUGCUGAUGCUGACGAAGAUCUGUCAAUGGCUAUUGCAUUAGCAAGCUUAUGGUCCCUAUUUCUCGCACUUGGCUGUUCAGCGUGUGUUUCGCCCAUAUUCUACACUGUUAGCACGGCUUAUCACAGAGCAUUCGACUCAGGAUUAUCAUACGGUAGCCCAUCUUCAUCGGGACUAGGGCUUCUUUUUGUCGUCAAUAGCAUUAUCUUCAUGGCACUGGGUUUCGUCAUUGGCUACCCAGUUGCUUCAGCUUCAGUUAAGGUACUUCAAGGUUUGUGGAGGAAUGAUUUAGCGGCACUAAAGGGUUCUUGUCCAAAUUGUGGAGAAGAGGUAUUUGCAUUUGUGAGAACGGACAAGGCUAACAACUCUCCCCAUAGAGCAGAUUGUCAUGUGUGUGAAUGCUUAUUGGAAUUUCGCACCGAAGUUGAGCAAUCGGCUUUAAGAUUAGGGAGACAAUGGGUUUAUGGGCGUAUUUACCUUGUUCGCAGAUCCAGACGCCAAAGAGAACCGUAAAUUUUCAUCGCAUCUGGGGCUUAUAUGAUUGUGAAUAGUAGCUAGUAAGGAAUGGAUAAAACCAAAUUCUGUUCAGAUCUUCUUAGUACAAAACAGUUUUGGUAGAACUAAGAAGCCAUCUUGUAACACUUUCAUAAAGGAAAUAAUUGACGUGUCAAUGGUUUCUUUGAUUUGAUGGAGAGUUAGAGUUAACGAUUUUAUUUUUUGAAGCUGCUAUAGAUGUUAAAUGUAAUUUUAGUUUUAGUUAUGAAUGGUUAAAUACUUAAGUGUAAACCAAUAUGCAACAUCAGAACGUCUUCAAUAGAAGACUACAAGUACAGUACCGCUGCUAUUUUUUUUCCUCGACUUCAGACAACUAUGGUCCAAUAUCAAAUCACAAAAUCAUUAAAAUGUCAA